AUGUCACAGGUAAAUGAAACCACAACUUCUGUAACUGAGUUUUUCAUUGUGGGUUUCCCUGGACUCCAGCCCAAAUACUACAACCUGAUAGGAGCGCUAUUCUUCAUCAUCUACAUCGCUGUAAUUACUGGAAACUCUCUCAUUGUGGUCUUGUUUGUGACUGAACGCAGCCUUCAUAAGCCCAUGUAUAUUAUCAUGCUGAGUUUGUCCUUGUCUGAUAUUGGUUUCUGCACAGUCGCUCUGCCAAAAGUAAUUUCUCGCUAUUGGUUUAAUGACGGUUAUAUUGGCUUCUAUAUUUGUCUGUUUCAAAGGCAGCUGAUUCACUAUUUUGGUACCUUGAACUCCCUAAUUAUGAUGAACAUGGCACUUGAUCGGUACUUGGCGAUCUGUUACCCGCUAAGAUACCCUGUUUUAAUGACUAACCGUACUAUGAGGCUUCUAAUAGGGUUUUCUUGGGUUACUGCAAUGAUUGCUCCAACCAUUAGCUUAAUGCAGACAGUGAAGCUGCCAUUCUGUGGGCCAAACAGGAUCGCUCAUUGUUUCUGUGAUGGUUCAUCUAUAAACCAGCUGGCCUGUGCUGAUGCAACCCUCACAAAUCUCAAUGCAUAUGCUGUAGCAAUGUUUGUGCUUCUUGUUCCAUUCUCUUUCAUCAUAUUUUCUUAUUUAAGUAUCCUGGUGUCUGUGCUUCGAAUAGCAAAUGCACAGGGCCGAAUUAAAGCCUUUUCUACCUGUGCCACACAGCUGACUAUCAUUACCAUCUAUUACGUGCCCCGCUUCAUGGUUUAUACCACGUCUAACAUCCCAAAUGUUCAGAUGCUCAACAGCAGUCAGAGGAUCAGCCUGGUCAUGUUCUACAGUCUGCUUCCACCUGUAGUGAACCCCUUCAUCUACUGCAUCAGGAUCAAAGAAAUCAGACAGUUCUUUAUCAAAUGCCUCCCCCUCGGUGUCGGACCAGAGGCUUUGGACCUGUCCCCCAUGUCUAGGGAGGACCAAGAACAGUUUCAGUCGUUGCUUCUUUACUUGGACGACAUUGUGGUCUUUUCCGGUUCAGUUAAACAACAUCUGGAGAGGCUGGGGGCGGUGUUAAGUCGGUUGGAGCAGGAAGGGUUAAAGGUGAAGCUCUUGAAGUGUGCGUUUUUCCAGCAGCAGGUACGGUAUUUGGGCCAUGUAAUCUCAAACCAGGGAUUCACUAACUACUAUAGGCGAUUUGUUGAAGGUUUUGCUAAGUUGGUUGCUCGUGAAAAAGGCUUCAAAGGGCAGCCAUUCAAGUCUGGUCUAGAGCAAGGGGGCCGAGUGAGGCCUAUAGCCUAUGCCAGCCCGGAGUUGAGACCUGCAGAAAGGAACAUGCAGAACAAUAGUUCCAUAAAACUGGAGUUCAUGGCCCUUAAAUGGGCCAUGACAGAAAAAUUGUGUGAGUAUCUGCUGGGUCACAAAUGCACAGUCUAUGCAGACAACAACCCAUUGAGUUAUUUGGCCUCAGGAAAGUUUGACGCCACAGAGCUGCGCUGGCUAGGCUAA